AUGAGUGCUCUGUUCAAAGCCGUGUUCCUCUCACUCUUUCUGUUUUCACACCAAACAAAGGCUGAGCUCUACAACAACGCCACCAGUUCCAUUGCAAGAAAGCUUGCCAAUAGAUGCAAUAUUUUCCAAGGCAAAUGGGUUUAUGAUUCUUCAUAUCCUCUCUAUGACUUUUCAAAGUGUCCCUUCAUAGAUCCAGAAUUCAACUGCUUAAAGUACAAAAGGCCUGAUAAAUUGUACCUCAAAUACAGGUGGCAGCCGUUCUCUUGUGACCUGCCAAGGUUUAAUGGGUUGGAUUUUUUGGAGAGAUGGAGGGGGAAGAAGAUCAUGUUUGUGGGUGACUCACUGAGUUUGAACAUGUGGGAAUCGUUGAGUUGCAUGAUUCACGCAUGGGUGCCACACUCCAAGACCUCACUCAUAAGGAGAGGUUCACUUGCUGAAGUUACAUUUGAGGACUAUGGAGUUAAAUUGUUUUUGUAUCGUACACAAUACCUAGUUGAUGUUGUCAACGAAAAGGUGGGUCGGGUUUUGAAACUUGACUCGAUCCAAAAUGGCAAUGCCUGGAGAGGAAUGGACAUGCUGAUUUUCAACACGUGGCAUUGGUGGACCCACAAUGGAAGAAGCAAACCAGGCGGGGACUGGAAUGAACCAUCAAAAUCAUGCACUAGAGAGAGACAACCAUUCUUCGGUUCAAGGUACCCCGCAGGCACACCUUUGGCUGCCAUUGUCGUCAACAAAGUGUUGAGCAGGAUCAAAAAGCCAGUGUAUUUACUCGACAUAACAACGCUCUCACAAUAUCGAAAGGAUGCACACCCCACUUAUUACAGUGGUGAUCAUCCCGGCUUGGACUGCAGCCACUGGUGUCUCCCCGGAUUACCCGAUACUUGGAACCAGCUCCUCUAUGCAGCUCUCAUUAGUUGA